GGGCCCUGAGCACUUUCUGAGGAGAAGAAGUAUCUGGCAAAUGAUUCAUCCUGAGGAGCAGGCCUCAAACUCCGGACACCCACAAAGUCUUAGUGAUGGAAGUUCUGCAUCCCCUUCGAAUGAGCCACCCCAAACAAACCUCCACGGAGCCACCUCCCUGAAAAGAGCAACUCCCAAGAAAGUUUUACAGCUACCCAGCCCUGAGUAUGUAAUCUACACAGACAAUGAGUUGGAGCAAGUUCGCAAGCAUUACUUUGAAAUGAAGAACAUUGGGAGAGAGGGGGGCUGCACUCUGUCAAAGGAACUUCGGUGCAGACUGGUGAGAAAUACCAUGACCAACAUGGUCUCCAUCCUGAGGGCAACUGUUGAGGCUGAAGAUGUCAGGUAUCCUUCAAAAGAAGAAAUCACUGCAAUGGCUAAGAGACUUGUAGAAUAUUAUCCCAUGCUGCAAGACAAGCCUGGUGGCUCUAAACAUUCAUGGGUAACACUCUUCAGACAACUUUACAAGAGACUUCAGAAUAUAAGGUCUCCACAAAGGACACAGGGCCCAACACCUGAGAGGGGCCGUAGACGUAAAAGGCGGCGCAUAGAUUUUGGAACAUCAAGUGAGCAGGGUGAUGGGACAUCAACAGAAGAAUAUGACGCUGACUCAAGUGCAUCAACUGUGAUAUUAGAUGCCUCUCCUGCUAGAAGCAGCACACCAGAAAGGGUAACCGCCAAACUGCAGAAUCUUUCUGACAGAAUCGAUGAAAACAGAUCUACAGACCAGGAUAGCCAACAGGCUCAAGCAAGGCACUACAGAACCCUUCAGGAAGUGUACAAGAGACCGAAUAAAGACGCAGUUGCCCAACUGCUCGACUUGGAAUUUGAGGCAAGAAGAGCAUUCAUCGAUUCGGACACACUCAAGGACCAGGACAGGCCUGCCAAGAUCAUUGAAGCGUAUCCAUGCUUUAAAGACCUUAACCAUGUUCUCGGUGAACUUUGCAGGAUUGUCAGCAAAGACAACACUGCUUACAUUAAGGAGGUGAAGGAGCGCUGGGACACCUUUCAGAGCCAAGCGAUCUUUUACGGUAUUAUGAAAAAGGUGAUGAAGCCACCGGUGACAUUAAACACAGAGGAACGAGCCAUCAACAUGUUGAAGUCCCUGCCAGCCAUGUUCCCAUCUGCAGUUGCUCCGCCCAAGAAGUUGGGACGAGAGAGUGAGGCCCUGCUUCAUGUCCUGAUGCCUUCAGAGGAUCCAAACACUUAUCUGCAGAGGAGGCCCCUUUCCUGCCCUGUCCUGAUUGUGGAUAAAGAAAACUGCAUGGUGGCAAUCGGGACCACCCCAGUAGCAACCUUCCCCAAGAACCAUCUGCAUGAGGGAGCCCUUUAUUUGAUGGCGUAUUAUGCCCUGCACUUGACCUACCCAAAGUGCAUUGCUACUCUGCUCUCAGUCCUUCAAACCGAGGUACUGCAAGAUGAGAUCCAUGAGAGGGACACAACUUCAUCCUACAGGAAAGCCAUGGCUGAGUGGAAGAAGUUUAUUGGAGAGUAG